GAGAACCGGAUGUUGUAUUCUUCUUCUGGCUUGCUGAGUUUGUAGCUCAGUUUCCUCCUAGCUGACAUGUUUUAGCUCAACAGGACGCCGCUAUGAGCAGGUUCAGGAGAGUUCAAGACGUGUGUAGAAGCGACUGGAGCCUCGUGUUGAACACAUCACACAGCAGGCGGCUCCGGUCCAGCGGGGCGGCCUCACGGAGCCACGCCGCCGCUGCUGAGCAUGCGGCCGGCACACAGCCCGGCCACAAGCCCCGGCUGAGAGCCAUCGACCUCGCUCAGAAGAUCCAGCAGGAGAAGGUGAAGGAGAAGGGGGCGGCCAGUCCCUCGCUGUCCGCCCAGGACAGGAGGGUGACGGAGCUCAGGCGGCUCACCCGGCAGCUGCAGAAGGUCCACCCGAACGUGCUGGCCAGACACCUGGACAGAGGUGUGCUCUUCCAGGACAGGGACGUGGUGGUGGUCAACAAGCCGUACGGGGUGCCCCUCCACGGCGGCUCAGGUGAUGGCUCAGGGGUCACAUCCAUCUCCUCGGUGCUUCCGGUUCUUGCCAAAAUGAUGAAUGGCAUGAAGAGUGGCUCUCAGCUGUUUCCCUGUUUAAGGCUGGAAAAGGAGACGACAGGGACUCUCCUGUUGGCGCGGAGUGAAGAAGUAGCCGAGCACAUACUGAACCUCCACAGAAACAAUCAAGUGCAGAGUAAAUACUGGGUCGUCACUGUCGGUGUGCCUGUGCCCUCUGAAGGAGUGAUUGACAUUCCUUUGAUCGAGAGAGAAGUCACAGGCCCUCAGCCGCAUUUCAAGAUGGCCCUCAGUCCUCUGUACAGGUUAAAGGAAAGCGGAGAUGGCAUGACCAGAGUGCGUGCCCAUCGCCAAGCCCAUGGUGCCGUGACCAAGUACCGCGUCCUGGACAGCAGCAGUGGCUGCAGCCUGGUGGAGCUCCAGCCACUCACCAGAGUGAAGCACCAGAUGAGGGUCCAUAUGGCAUUGGGUUUGGCAUGCCCCAUUCUUGGCGACCACAAAUAUUCCCACUGGAGCAAAUUGGCACCCCAGAACUUGCCGGAGCGUGUUUUAGGAAAGCUGGGGCUGGAACAGACCAAAGUACGUUAUCUCCCUCUGCACUUGCAUGCCCGCCAGCUGACACUGCCGGAGAACAGCCGUCAGCCAGACAUCAGCGUGUCCUGCCCGCUGCCUAAGUACUUCACCAGCACUCUGCGUCGACUGCACUUAGCUCUUCCUGAUGAGCAGGAGCCUGAAUGACAAUCGCCUUGCUCUUCUUCUGGAUAGACAUGUUCAGCUCUUUGUGUCGUCAUGGGGGACAUCAAUUCUGAAACUCUUCAGCGCGCGAAUCCAAUUCAAGACAGGCCUGGAAUGUAAGAAUCUGGCAAAUGCAGCGUUGCAAGCUCUGUACAGAAAAUUAAUGAUGGGGUACUUAUAUUUUAUGAAUGUAAGUGCUGCACAGCAUAUUUAAAUGAUGACAGAAAUUUGUAUGGGACUGUCUUGCAGACUCCAUUGAAGUUUUGCACACGUUACAUGUAGCUGUAGUGAUGUAUUAAAGUUAAAUCAGAUGUGCACAUCAUUUCACAGUAUGGAUGGUGUUGAUAUGGACAGCUUUUUUUUUUUUUUUUUUAAAAAAGGCCCACUUCAUCCUUUCUUGAAAAUGUAGAACAGAAGAGGCUGUUUUCCACACCUGAAACUGGAGACUUCAUUUUUGAUUUGCUUGACAUACUUACUGACAGAAGGAUUGAUGUGUUUGCUAAGCAUUCAUUUAAAAUGUUUGUAUUUCCUGUUUAUUAAACCUAUAUAUACAGCAA